GCCUUCUUCAAACCCCUUUUCUAAGAGUUUCCAUUCGAAUCAAAGCCCAGAAAGCACGAAAUCGAACUUCUUUGUUGAGUUUGGUGGCGGGUUGUUGUUGCAGAGAAUUUUUUUUUUCUUAAGCAAACUCCAAGUUCGAAGAGAGUUUCUUAUUCCACAAGGAGAAGAAAUAGAGUUGUGUUAUUAUGUCUUAGUUGUAUCAAAAGAAGAAAUGGGGUUGUCACAUGGAACUUGAUUGAAGGAAAUACAUGGUCUAAUGGGUAAACAAGGGCCACCGAGAAGUCCACGCCCAAAAUAUCAGAAUUCUAACAUUGCUUUUGGGGUGAAAGAUUAUCAGGUUCGAUGUUCAGACAGUUUACAGGGAAGUGAUCCUUCCAUUGGGAGGAGAAUUUUGGGUGGAGGUAGUGAUUGGAAUUCUAAAGUUCUAUUGCUUCGUGGGUUGAAAAAUGAUUGUGGGAAGAUUAGUCCAACUACAGGAAAGUCAGGAUGGCAUAAGGAGGUCACUCCAGCCUAUAUUAAUGAAGACCGACCGCCAGUGCAGAUGUAUGGCAGGCUUCUAAGUUUGGCUUCCAGUUCUCUUGUGGACAAUCAUAUUGCCAAAAAGAUGGGGAAAAAGGAAGAAGAAGAGAAUUGACAGAAUCACAUAUCUAUUCUGGUUUUAUAUAAUUGUUGAAAGGCAAUCGAAAUUCAGAAAAAAAGUAUACUCAUGGGAAUGCCUAAAAUUACACUUUCAAAUAAUAUACUCUGAGGGAAGAAUAAAGUGUUUCUAUGCAAGUUAGAAGAUAAGCUCUGCCAAAAGACCCUGUAGUUUAACUGCUUUUACUUGAGCAGUUGGAAAGGGAAUCAAGUAGUGUAAGCACA